GAGUCUUUGUAAGAGACUUUCUCAGCAGUGAAGAAUGCUGUUGUUUCUACUUCUCUCUCAUCUGUCAUUCUCAGGUGGCGUGCAGAGUGGCAUCUUUGGGGGUCGUAAGGCCAAGCCCCACUCCAGACCCUACAUGGCUUCACUGCAGACACGAGGACACCACGGGUGUGGCGGAGUGCUGAUCAGAGAGGACUACGUGCUGACUGCUGCACACUGUCUUAAUAACAGUGAUCGCCUAGACAACGUACUUCUUGGCGCCAACAACAUCAGUAAACAGGAGAAGAGCCAACAGCGUAUCGGCAUCUCUGAGUUCAUCCCUCACCCAAAGUACCCCAAGAAACCACUUCCAAAUACCGACCCCAGGACUCGUGAACACGAUAUCAUGUUGCUGAAGCUGAAGACCAAGGCUACACAGAACAAGUUUGUGAAGGUGCUGGAGCUCCCUAAGACCUAUGGGAAGAUCUCUGCAGGGGCCAAGUGUGAGGUGGCCGGGUGGGGGAAGAGGGUCCUCGGGCGAGAGGCAGAGAGCUUCCUGUACGAGGCUGAAGUCAUGCUGGACAAAGCAGUGAACUGUGAAAAGAAAUGGCAGCAGUACUACAACCAGGACCAGAUGACCUGCAGUGUCCCUGACGGCAGAGGAGGAUUCUGUCAGGGUGAUUCUGGAGGCCCUCUGAUCUGUGGAAAGGGCAAGACUAAGAUCCUGUACGGAGUCACAGCCUACACUGGAGCACCAUGCGAUAACCCAGAAUACCCAGAAGUCUACACCAGAGUGCCCUUCUUCCUGCCCUGGAUCAAAGACGUCAUCGGUGUGAAUGACGCACUGUAGACAGGAACUCAGAGGCCUAGUGUUCAGGACAGAGAGCCUAACUACAUGAUUAUCUCAUUAUUUUUUCUUUAUUCACAAGUCUUUUAUAAGUUUUAGAAGGUCAUGAACAGUGAAAACAAAUUGUACUUUUCCUAAUGCUAAACUAAUGUGCUAUUAUGUUACAAACUACUUAUUUCACAUUUAUUUAUUAUUUCAUUUUCAUUUUACUUACAUUUUUUACUUGUGAGGGUCCCUUUUCUCUUUUUUUCUGUUGUAAGUAUGGCUCAAGAUUCCAAGAAAGAAUCCAUUAUUAAAUAGCGCUCUUAAAUCUGUCACUCAAACAAAUUUCCUGGCCCUCACCAGGUAACCACAACCAUUCAAUGAAGCACAUAUUAUCAUACACAUGUUACGGCUCCCCAUAUUGCAAUACAGUAUCAAUCAGAGUGAAUCUGUUUUGCCCAUUACGGCAUCCCACAGUGCGAGGUCACAAUUGAAGUGAAAAAUACAUUCAGAAAGUUUGUUUGGUUGUCACAAUAAAGCACACAUUGUAACACACA